AUGAUUUCAACUUCAACAAAUUCAUCAUCUAAAAAGAAUGAAACUACUAUAUCUCAAGUUAGAUUAUCAGAUUCUUCAAGUGAUUCAUCAUCAUAUGAAGAUGAAAAAUUAGAUAUAAAAUCAGAAGAAGGUUUAAUAUCAGAACAUCAAGAACAAAUAAAACAACAUAAUCAAACUAAAACUUACAAAACAAAUAAAAUUGAUAAAUAUCAAAUUGAAAUUUCUUUAAUUGCCUUAAUAAUAUUAAAUUUAUUAAAUAAAUUUGAAAAUUUCCAACCUUAUACACAUAAAUUUUUACAAUUACAAUAUAAAUAUCCUGAAACAAAUUAUUAUGAUAUUGGUAAAGAUGAUAUUUAUGUUGUUAUCACAGGGAUGUUUGCUGCAACUUUUAUAAGAGCUUUUUCAAUGCAUUAUAUAUUAAAACCUUUAGCAAAAUUUAAUAAAAUUUAUUCACAAAAGGAUAAACAAAGAUUUAUGGAACAAGGUUGGUGUGUAAUGUUAUAUGCUUCAUCUUUUAGUGUUGGAUCUUGGUUAUAUUAUCAUUCAUCAUAUUUCAACAAUUUUGAUAAUUUUUAUAUAAAUUGGCCUCAUGAUGAAAUGUCUGGAUUAUUUAAAUUAUAUUAUUUAAUGUCAAUAGCAUCAUGGUCUCAACAAAUUUUUACAUUAAAUAUUGAAGCUAAAAGAAAAGAUCAUUAUCAAAUGUUUAGUCAUCAUAUAAUUACCGUGGCAUUAGUUAUUGGAUCAUAUUAUUAUUAUUUUACUAGAAUUGGGAAUGUUAUAUUAGUUAUAAUGGAUUUUGUUGAUAUUUUAUUAUCAACUGCAAAAUUAUUAAAAUAUUGUGGUUAUCAAAAUUUAUGUGAUUUUAUGUUUGGUGUUUUCGUAUUAGGUUGGAUUGCAUUAAGACAUGGUGUUUAUAAUUAUAUUUUUUAUCAUGCUGCUACAAAAGCAAGAGAUCUUAUGGUUUCAGGUAGAUGUAUUGAUGGAUUAAUUCAAAAAAGAUGUUAUACUGAUCGAAUUGUUGAUGUUUUUUUAUCUUUAUUGGGAGGUUUACAAAUCAUUACAUUGAUUUGGAUGUAUUUAAUUGCUAAAGUUAUUAUAAAAGUUUUAACAGGUAAUGGUGCUGAUGAUGUUAGAAGUGAUGAUGAAGAUGAUGAUUAG